CCGGCGCCAUGCACUGCGAGGUGGCCGAGGCUCACUCGGACAAGAGGCCCACGGAGGCCCCGGGCGCCCCGGGUCCCGGUCGCGGGCCAUCGGGCCUCGGCACGCACAUGGCCUUCAGGGUCUCCGUGAGCGGCGGCGGCGGCGGCUGCGGGGAUGGGACCCCGCGGGAGAUGCUGUCCCGGCCACCCGCACCGCCACCGCCACCGCCACCGCGCGCCCACGACCUCCUGCGCCCCCGGAGCCCCCGAGACUACGGUGCCACCAAGGCCGCCGUCCCCGGCAAGGUGAACGGGAGCUAUGGCCACUGCACCACUGGACCAGAGAAGAGCCUUCUGGACCUGGACCUGGCCGAGGGUCCCAGCCCCACCUGCUGCCAAGGCCUGUUCCUUGCGGCAGACACCCCUCCACCCCGGGGCCACCCCCCAGCUUGCGAGAGGCUGCUGCAUUUUCCCCUCCCAAGCAGGUCACCCAGACCCCUGGCCACCUGUGUGAACGGCAGUCUUCCAGCCCCUCAGCACAUCAAGCAGGAGUCCCUGUCCACUUACAGGGCCAUGACGGAAACUCGGGCCACACCGUCUGCCCACCGUCGGGCCCCACCUGGCACCAGCCACCUGCACAGUGACCUGACCAGCCCCGCACCCUCCUGCUACCUGCUGGGCAGCGAGCCUAGCCCCGGCCUGGGCCCCUCACCAGAGGCCCACCUGAAGCGCUGCUGCCUCUUGGGCCUAUCUCCCACCUCCUCAGCCUCCUCCUCCUCCUGUGCCUCUUCUGACGUCUCCUCCAUAACCCGCUCCUCCCACACCGCUCUGGUCAGCUGCGUGAAUGGACUUCGGAGCCCCCCUCUGCCAGGAGACCUGGGGGGCCCUGCCAGGCGGGCCCGGCCCAGCCCUGCAUCCAUGGAGACCCGAGAGGGUAGCAUGCAGCUGGACGCCUGCCGGAAGGCCGCUUUCUUGAAGCAGGAGCCGGCAGAUGAGUUCUCAGAGCUCUUUGGACCACACCAGCAGGGCCUGCCACCCCCCUAUCCACUGCCUCAGUUGCCUCCUGGUCCUGGUCUGGGUGGCCUGGGGCUGGGCUUGCCAGGCAGGCCUGCAGCCGGGAGGCAGGCCUGCCGCUGGGUGGACUGCUGUGCAGCCUACGAGCAACAGGAGGAGCUAGUACGGCACAUUGAGAAGAGCCACAUCGACCAACGCAAAGGCGAGGACUUCACCUGCUUCUGGGCUGGCUGCGUGCGCCGCUACAAGCCCUUCAAUGCCCGCUAUAAGCUGCUCAUCCAUAUGCGGGUACACUCGGGUGAGAAACCCAACAAGUGCAUGUUUGAAGGCUGCAGCAAGGCCUUCUCACGCCUGGAGAACCUCAAGAUCCACCUGCGGAGCCACACGGGUGAGAAGCCAUACCUGUGCCAGCACCCAGGGUGCCAUAAGGCCUUCAGCAACUCCAGUGACCGCGCCAAGCACCAACGCACCCACCUGGACACGAAGCCCUACGCCUGUCAGAUCCCUGGCUGCUCCAAGCGCUACACAGACCCCAGCUCCCUGCGCAAGCACGUCAAGGCCCAUUCCGCCAAGGAGCAGCAGGUGCGCAAGAAGCUGCACAUGGGCCCUGAAGUGGAGGCUGCCGCACUGACGGAGUGCCUGGGCCUGCAGCAGCUUCAUGGAGCCACCCCACUGCCAGCCUCCAACGGGAAGGGCCCCCGUGGGCUGGGCCAGGAGCUGCUACCAGGUCUGUUCCCUGCUUCUGUCGCCCCCCACAAUGGGCUCGCCUCUACCAUCCUGCCCCCCACGCACGAAGUCCCUGCCAGGCACCACCUACUGGACGCCACCACUUCCCACCAGCACCUGUCACCUCUGCCCACGACGGAGAGAACCAGGGAUGGGUUGGGCCCUGGUCUCCUGCCACCCAUGGUCAGCCCCCUAAAGGGGCUCGGGACACCGCUGCUGCCUCCAUCCUCCCAGGGCCAUUCUCCAGGAGGCCAAUCUUUCCCCACGCUCCCAAGCAAGCCUCCCUACCCGCCCUUCCAGAGCCCUCCACCCCCACCUCUGCCCAGCCCACAAGGGUACCAGGGCAGCUUUCACUCUGUGCCCAGCUGCUUCCCCUAUGGCGACUGCUACCGGCCGGCAGAAGCAACAGGUGGAGAGGCACUGGCUGGGGAAACCCACCCUUUCCACCCCCUGCGGCCCAACGGCUACAGCAGUCUUGGGGCCCCUUUGCCAGCCACAGGCUAUGAAGCCCUGGCCGAGGCCCCCUGCCCCCCAGUGCUGCCCCCACAGUCCUCCGAAGACGUCGUGUCCAGCGGCCAGGAAGACUGUGGCUUCUUCCCCAACGGGGCCUUCGACCACUGCCUGGGCCACCUUCCAUCCAUCUACACGGACACCUGAGGGACCUGGGCCUGUGGGUGCCGCCUGCUCCCACUUUGGUCCCUACCCACUGCAGCCCCCAUACACACACCACACCGGGGACUGAGCUGGGGGAGUCCGCCAGGAUCCAGGCCCUGGGACCUCCCUCAACGGCAUCUUCCUUCGUGCUCCUCUGCGGUUUUGAAAUCACAGACCUCGUGUAUAUAAAAUGUACAGAACCUA